CCAAGCUGGUGUGAUGCCUCAGAAAUGCGCAAGUGCAUCAAGGAAAUGCCAGGCCCUCCAUCUUGGAAGUCAGAUGUAAUCACCCUAAAGGAAGCUCCGGAGGAGCUGCAAACCUUAUAUUGGCGUAACCCUGUAGAAUGUGUCCAGUUCUUAUUCCAGAAUCCGGAUUUCGAUGGUUGCAUGGCCUACACACCAAAUCGCCUAUACAAUCAAAAUGGGACGAGGGUAUUCACAGAGAUG